AUGAUUGCUCUUCUCAAAGCUGCUUUACCGUAUUCUAGUUUAUCAUUUGCAAGUUCAUUGUCGUCUCUUUUUGAAAAUGUAGAGAUAUACGUUGAUGAUAAAAAAUAUGUGCCAAUUUUAAUCUUUUGUCACUAUUAG